AUGAUCGGCCCUGCAUGGCGACUCUGGGCAGGGAGCGGCAGCCUCAUGAAUGGUGGCCCCUACACAUGGCACAUUACCGAUUUUGAUCAGCGAAGGCACUUUUCCGUGACCUAUUGCCCAUCUUCUCCCGUCGAGGACCCCGAAGGAACGGAGGAUGUUUGUAUGGCAAUGCUUCGCAGGCACAUCGACGAUCUUGGGCCGGAAGUUUUAGGACUUCGCUUCUCCGACCCUGACGGGCCCAUCACGACAUCUACAGACAGAAAUGACGACGUGACAUAUUAUAACAACUGCCAGUCCUUAUCAGCGUUGAAAAUUCCCUUUUCCAUCAAGACUGUCAGCCUUAGUAGCUUGGUCGAGAUCGGCCGAAUGGGCCCGCAGGUGGAUUUAGUCUCCUAUCAAGGACACCCGACAGUGAAUGGCGUCACAGUUACAAAGGUUGCCUUUAAAUACUGGUUUAUGGAAAAUGGCAUGUUUCGAAAGUGGUACGAACUCCAAUGCUGGGCUCGACUACCCCGCGACCAUCCACACAUUGUCCCUUUUGACGCCGUCGUGCUGGACGAUAUCAGAGGGGGCGUCGUCGGGUUCACAAGCCUCUUCAUCUCAGGCGGCACUCUUUGGGACAAUAACGCUACAAUCCGGCCUUUCCGUCUACAGUGGCUACAACAACUUUUAUCAGUCAUUGAUGAUCUUAACUACCAUUAUGGUAUUAUGCAUCAAGAUGUCGCUGCCCGCAACCUACUUAUUGACGACAAGGAAGAUUUACGUAUCUUUGACUUCAACUAUUCUAUCAUGAUCAAAGAGCACUACACACCAGAUCGUGAUGAUAUGAAAGGCGUUAUCUUUACCUUGUAUGAAAUAAUCACCCUUGAUGGGCAUUUUCGAGAAGUACCUCACGAGGAGCAAGACGCUGAGGCUUUGCUGCGGCUUGAGUGGGUGAAGCACCCGGACGUCAGACUUGACAGUAGUGUGCAGGCUUUCCGGGAAGUGCUGGAUGCAUGGGUUGCCAAGAGAAGAACACGCGAAUUCAGCGUUGUUGACACAUGUAUACAUUGGCCGUGGAUGCCAGAGGAGCCACCGUCAGCGCGAGUACCAGUCUAUGGCUCCUCUGACGCAGCCUCCCCAGCCACGGAAACGAGGUCCGUCGCAGUUUUGAGUCGUCGCGCACUGUUGAAAAUGAAUGAGCCUUUCUUCAACUGGGAGCGUCCAGCAAGCUAUCGUCUCAAAGACAUGCCAGAAAAAUCCGGCGCUAAGUGA